UAGCUCCGCCUAACUGCUGGCAGCGCAUGCGCAGCUUUCCUCCGCGCUGCCGUUGGCGAGCAGCCUUGUGGGGCGCAAGAUGGCGGCGGCGGCGGCGGCGGCGGCGCUGCAGGCGGCGUCUCGUCAGAUCUUCCGCAUCCCAUGUGUUGGACAAGUAAGGGGUUAUUAUGUGGACUGGAGGAUGGUACGUGAUGUUAAGAGAAGGAAGAUGGCUUUUGAAUAUGCAGAUCAGAGGCUGCGGCUGAAUUCCCUUAGGAAAAACAAAAUUUUGCCCAAAGAACUCCAGGAAGUGGCUGAAAAAGAGAUUGCUGCCCUUCCCCGGGACACCUGCCCAGCGAGGAUCCGUAAUCGAUGUGUUCUGACAUCCCGUCCACGAGCUGUAGUGUGGCGAUGGAGGUUAAGCCGAAUUGUCUUCCGCCAUCUGGCUGACCAUGCGCAGCUCUCUGGAGUACAGAGAGCAAUGUGGUGAGCCACCACCAACAAGGCUUUUCUUCAAAAAAGACAAAACUGAGUUCUAUUUCAACUCCUAGGAUGAAUUAAAGACACGUUCUAUAACUUGCAGUAUGUAAGGAGUGGGGGGGGGGAUAGACCCAUUGGUAGAAGACCCUUAGCUAGAAGGGGGCAACCUUGUUUAAUUUUGUCAAACCUUCCACACUUGCUCCUCUUGUAUAUUUAAAAAUGACAUCGAAAAAUAAAGCAGUCCCACGCUUGGA